AGCCCCCCGGGAGUGGUGCCUGGGCGUGGGCGCCGUCGGGCCGGAGUGCGGAGGCUGCUCCGGGCUCUGACAGGUGGCUGCGCUGGGGGCGCCCGGCGGUUUGCGUCUUCACCGGGUUCCAGGGGCCGGGGUCAGCCCCGGCGCGGGUCUCCUAGGUGUUUGGAACCCUGGUGAGGAUGUCCUUCCGAAUCCUGGCGAGGAUACAGUCCCACGCCGGUUCGGGGCUGCUGUUUCGGGGAAGGACAUUUAAAACCUCCGUCCUUCAUUUCGCGGUCCUGCCGGGAUCCGUGUCUCCUGCACGUGCACUCCAAUUUGGGGAACUGGCGAGCUUUCCGGAGGACGUUGAGCUAUCGAGGAACUAUUCAGGUUCAUUCCGGGUGUAGGUCUCCGAUGAACUGGAAUGCGAGUAGCCACCCCGGGCAUCUAACCUCUGUAUGGCUUUUGAAUUUUAGUUGAAAUUCCCUCCAUGGCCUUUUGGAGUCCCUUGGUGUGUCUCCAGAAUAAAUUUCAAAUACUCUACAUUUCAUCAAUGUUGGAGUGGCAAGAAAAAGGUGGAACUGAUUUGGGGUGAAAAGGUAUAAGAAACUAUAAACGUAAGGGGGAAAAAAAAGCAAAGAUGGGUGAAAAGAAACCAGAACCUUUGGACUUCGUGAAAGAUUUUCAGGAAUACCUGACUCAGCAGACCCAUCAUGUGAACAUGAUUUCUGGAUCGGUUAGUGGGGAUAAAGAAGCAGAAGCUCUUCAGGGAGCUGGAACAGAUGGUGAUCAAAAUGGACUUGAUCACCCAUCUGUUGAAGUUUCCCUGGAUGAAAACUCAGGAAUGUUAGUAGACGGGUUUGAAAGGACCUUUGAUGGGAAGCUCAAGUGUCGGUACUGCAAUUAUGCCAGCAAAGGAACAGCACGGCUUAUCGAACAUAUUAGAAUCCACACAGGUGAGAAACCACAUAGAUGUCACUUGUGUCCAUUUGCAUCUGCUUAUGAGCGUCAUCUGGAAGCCCACAUGCGUUCCCAUACUGGAGAAAAACCAUACAAAUGUGAAUUAUGUUCCUUCCGCUGCAGUGAUCGAAGUAACCUGUCUCAUCAUCGAAGGCGCAAGCAUAAAAUGGUACCAAUUAAAGGUACUAGGUCUUCCUUAAGCAGCAAGAAAAUGUGGGGGGUUUUACAGAAGAAAACAAGCAAUCUGGGGUAUAGCAGAAGAGCACUAAUCAACUUAAGUCCACCUUCCAUGGUGGUUCAGAAACCAGACUACCUUAAUGAUUUUACCCAUGAAAUCCCAAGUAUCCAGACUGACUCCUAUGAAAGUAUAGCAAAAACAACACCAACUGGUGGCUUACCGAGGGACCCCCAAGAACUCAUGGUUGACAACCCUUUAAAUCAGCUCUCAACUCUAGCAGGACAGUUGUCCAGUUUGCCACCUGAAAACCAAAACCCUGCAUCCCCUGAUGUCGUUCCCUGCCCAGAUGAAAAGCCUUUCAUGAUUCAGCAGCCCUCUGCCCAAGCGGUGGUUUCUGCUGUAUCAGCAAGUAUUCCUCAGAGCUCCUCUCCCACAAGCCCUGAACCUCGGCCAUCACAUAGUCAGAGGAACUAUAGUCCAGUGGCAGGUCCAAGCAGUGAACCAAGUGCCCACACUAGUACUCCCAGCAUAGGAAACAGCCAGCCAAGCACUCCAGCCCCAACCCUGCCGGUCCAGGAUCCUCAGCUUCUGCACCACUGCCAGCACUGUGACAUGUACUUUGCAGACAAUAUCCUUUACACUAUUCACAUGGGGUGUCAUGGGUAUGAAAAUCCUUUCCAGUGUAAUAUAUGUGGAUGCAAAUGUAAAAACAAGUAUGAUUUCGCCUGUCAUUUUGCAAGAGGGCAACAUAACCAACACUGAAAACAAUCACUAUGUUUUACUUGGUUUGGCCUUCUGGGGGGUUGUAGUUUGUUUUUUUGUGGGUUUUUUUUUGGGGGGGGAGGUUAUCCCUAAUGAGGUGUCUGCUAAUUUAAAAUUUAUGCAUUAUAUUUAUAGAAUAUAAAUUUGACAGUGGAAAAUUUUUUUCAUAAAAGUUUGGUCAGGGUCAUUUAUGUAUUAGAAUAGUUAUCGAUAUCUGUUUUUCCCUUUCAUUUAUACAUGUGAGAAUUGGAGUACAAUCAUAAUUUUAACAGGUGUUCUUUUACAUUUCCCACAUUUAUGGUCCAUAGAGACUUGAAGGCUUAUCCAUAUUCUUGCUAUUUCCGUAUAUACAGUAUAGCCAGAUGUUACUUCUGCCAUAUUUCAAAAUGGUAGAGUAAAUUAUUUUCUCUUACAAAAUCUGUUACAACCUAUUUCAGUGUUUGUAGAGAAAUUGGCCUUUAAAAUUAUUCUUAAUUAAAGUACUAUUUAGUUCACAUAUCUUAAGUUGAAUUAGUAGUUUGAUUUCAACUGAUAAUAGUAAACCUUUUUUUUUCUACAAGGGAAAAUGUAAAACAAUUAUUUUUAAAUAAAAAUAGGUCAAAGUUCUGAAAAGAAGUAAAACUCAAGACUUUAAAUUGAAAAUUGUGUUUAAUAUUUAAAAUAACUUGUUUAUUUUAUGUCUACAUUAAACAUGUCAGUUUUCCAUUGGAUUUUUUCUAACAGUUGGCAGUUUGUUUUUAAAAACCACUAGAUGCCAUUUUCUUUUCAUUUUGAACUUUUCAUUUAAAUUCUUCCUUCUGAUGUUUAGUGUCAGGUGAAGUUGGUAUGGUGAGAAUCUGUUUCUUCCUAUUCCUUUGAUGACCAAAGAGAUACAGUGGAAGUCAUUCAUCUUAUUAUUAAGAUGCAGUCCUUCAAAAAAAUCUCCAAAGUUUCCUUUUCCUGCCUUCUAUCCAUUUAUUGCCCAUAAUAUCCAAGAAAAGGUGGGUAUAGAAACAACUGGGGAAAUGUGAUAGUAAAGUAAUACUUAAUAAAAACAAGAAUUUGUAUCCAGAAGAGAUCCUGGUCUUCUCUUCAGAGUUGGCCAUUUAAAAUAUUUUCUGUGAAUUUAAACUGUAAUAUUUACUUGCAGUUUUACCAGUCUUCAUGUACAGUGACAAUACCAUAUGGAAACUGAUUGAAUUGUCCCCUUAAUAGAAAAGGAUAAAGGUGUAAAAAUGGAUAUAAAAUUCAUUUAAACAUGCCAUUUAAUUUGUUUAUACAAGUAAGGCUUGCUAAAUAGAGUAAUUCAUUUUGAAAAGGAGGCUAUUGUUUUUAUAUUGUGUAAUAACUAGCUUACUCCGAAGAGAGUUUGGUCAAACAAUAAAAUAUAUUGUUAUUAACUUGGUUUCUGUGUACUUUGCAAAAAAAUUAUUUUUAACUUGGUUCAUAUCUUGAAAAUAUGCAUAAUUGGAUUCUUAAAUAAAAUGUGCUAUUAAGCAUUUGUUAAACAAAAAAGCACCCUUACUCUUAUAGUAAAUAAAAGGGUAAUAUUGAUAGUAUCUGCUCACUAAGCCCCAAGUGCCAAGUUAAAAGAGCCCUCUGCCUCCCUGCAGUGCUUGAAAGCCAUUAGAGUGAGUGCUUGAGGUUGAGUAGCCAAUCUAGGCUAAUCUCCACUGCCUUUUUUAAAGCACAGCAUCAAGGACACUUUCUCCAAACUGGAACUCUCUUGCUGUCAAAUCUUGUGACCUUAAGUUCUGAUUUCACUCCUGCUUGAAUCACCACUGCUUAGAUCAGUUUUAGUGCAGUUUCCAAAUGUGUAACUUGGCUUUAGUAUUUAUCAUUUGUCAGAAAGAAACGAGUUGUCAUUUGGAAACUUUCGCAAUUUUAUUUGUUUUCUAUGUUAUUCUUCAAAUAAAAGCAAUAGCCCAAAACAGAAAACAGAAAUUUUCAUUAAACAAAGAGGAGUAACUCUUCUGAAAACAAGCUUAUUAAUUGUAUAUUACGGGCCAAAUAGUGACAAAUACAUUUUUUUCUAACAACUAAAGAUGGAUGUUUUAAAGGUACAUUUUAAUUUAAAUGGAAAAUAUUUUUCAUAAUUACAAACUAGAAUGUAAAAUUAUAAUUUUCCUACCACUUAAAAGAGCACAGUUGGUAUUCCAAAGGUGUUGAUGCUUCAAAGCUACAAUUCUUUCUAAAUGCACUAAAAUUUUUGAAGCAAAUCUACCUUAGAAACUUUUUUGGAAUUGUACUUUUUAAAAAGAUUUAGUAUUUUAUUUAAACUUCCUGAGUUGAAUUGUGUAUUUGGAAAGAUGUUAGGAUCUUCCCUUAAAAAUGUUCAUUUCAUUUUAUUUUUAAUCAAAUAUUUUAUAGAAAUGAGUUAGGAAGAGUUUAACAUGCACUAUUUAUAGUACUUUGCCAUUAACAGGCAAUGUUCUGAAACUAAAUUUAUUUUUGUUCAGUGAACAUGAGUUUAGAUCUUUAAAGUUUGUAGAUAAUUUAUCUCCACUAAUAUUUUUUUAAGAAACUGUGAAGAGAUUAACAGGGAAUAAUUUUAUUUCAGAUUUCACUAAUGUAGUAUGUAGCUACAACUUCUUGAAAAUCAAGUAAAGGCUAGCUAGACUUUUACUUUGAAAAAACUCCAUUCGGUAUUUUUUGUGCUGUUUCGUUUUAGAAAAAAAUAUUUGCCCUUCAUCUGCAGAAUUGAUUGACAAAGGGAAUAUUACUAAAAAUAAAGAGAGACAAACCUAAUUUUAAGUUCUACAAAAUUAUUUAUCAAAUGAACGUGUUGAUAAAAUUUUUUUAAUUCCCUGCUAAAGACUUUUUCUUUAAUCUUAGAGGGUAUAUACUUUCUACAACUUGUUUUUGUUAAUAUGUACUUUGAUGUAAAGAACAUAUUUUGUAUGCAAAGCAUAAAUCUUGCAUUAUGGUUGUAAAAUACAUUAUAUUCUUUAGGAAUCCAGGAAACAGUUUAAUGCUGAAAUAACUAUAUCUAGUAUGUAGUUUAAAUGGUGAAUGAAGCUUUGCUUUUGUAAUAUAUGAAUAAAAAAAUAAUACUUUCUAA